UUGAGCGGCAGGCGGUCCCUUAUUUCUGCGGCUGGGAGGAUGCAGCCGUCUAUCCCCAAAACGACCAGAGUCUCAAGCUCGGUCGGACGGCGGAGUGGCGAAGCCCAGUAACGAUGCUGAAAGCUCUUCCUUCGCGCUUCCUCGCCUCGCCGGAGCCCGGCGGGUGGCGCCGGUUGCGUCGCCGACGAUCCCAGCAGACGGUUUCGGCGGCGCUGAUGACCAACCCCUCGUACUUCGAGGUGGGCAGAUUAUUGGGUAGCUAUGGCUUCAUGAACAUCAAGAGUUAUUCAUCAUCUCAAUCUGGAGGGCUUCCAAAUGUUGCUGGUACUCAAGACCUUGAUCUUGGAUAUUCAAAAGAAGAGAUUGAGCGAUUAAGAGUCCAAAAUAUUGGAGAAGGAGAAGUGAAGAUCAGACUUUACGAGGGAAGAGUUGUUCAAGGUUCAUUGAAGGGCACACAAGCUGUAUUUAAGGUAUACCCUGGAGCCCUUGCUGGUGCUUCUGAAGCUAAUUUGAUGGCAUUGAAUGAGCUAAGGACUCAUGCUUUUCUCCAGAGUGAUGCUAGUGAUAUCUGUGAGAACAUUCAGUUUCUGUUAGGAGCCUUUGAGACAGCUACUGGAGAGCAGUGGCUUGCCUUCCGUGAUGAUGGGAGAUAUAGUGCUGCAGACUAUGCAAAAAUAACCAGUGAAAGGCAACUGAAGGAGCGACCUGGAUUCUGGAAUCCUUUUGAUCGCGCGUACAAAUUGGAACUAAGGAGAUAUUUUGUCCUUAAGACGCUUAACGGAGCUAUGUGUGGCCUUGUCCACAUGCACAAUCACGAUCGACUGCACCAAAGCCUUGGCCCUUCUUCUGUCGUUCUCAACACUGUUGCAGAGAAAGAUGGAUAUUAUUUGGUUCCACAGCUCCGUGAUUUGGCAUUUUCUGUAGAUAUUGGGUAUUCGUCUGUUGGGGUUGGAUCAUUGUCAGACGGGUUGUGGCGUCGAGCAUCCGCUGCUGGAGCAUUAACUCCUUUGGAGAAGCGAGCUUUUGGAAUAGCUGAUGACAUAUAUGGAGCUGGACUGCUUAUUGCAUACAUGGCAUUUAUUCCGUUUUGUGAAGCAGGCAUCAUGGAUGGCAUUUCUUUGCAGAGGCUUUUGGAGAACACGUUCCGUCUCGACGUUUAUGCUGCAAGAGAGUAUUGUAUGGAAGAUGAUCAGUUAUUGGAAGCUGUAAAAUUUCUAGAUUUAGGUGAUGGUGCCGGCUGGGAGUUACUGCAGGUUUGCCUAGAUCAUCCGAAACUUGCAAUGCUUAAUCCUGAUUACCGUAAGAGACCAAUAGCUGAGGCUGUGCUGAACCACAGGUUUAUUACUGGGGCAGUGCUAUAGAAGUAAUCAGAAACUGGAAUGCACCACCAUAGAUGCGGGUCCUCCCGUUGUAACUUGUAAGGAUGAAUCGUGCAGAUCUUAAAACAUUUUGUAUUCCGGCACGUAAAUAGUGUACUUAAAACUAACAAGGAACGUUGUACAUAUAUGUAUGGAUAUUUUGUGAACGCUGUUAGGCAUGUGAGUAGUUUGGUUUGGCUUAUUGUGUGGAUUUUA